UUCGAGAUCAGAUCUCUCACUGCACAGUGAAAUUGCGCCAGACCACAGGUCUCAUGGAGUACUGCCUGGAGGUCAUUAAGGAAAAUGAUCCUAGUGGCUUUUUGCAGAUUUCUGACGCCCUCAUAAGGAGAGUGCACCUGACUGAGGACCAGUGGGGGAAAGGCACGCUCACUCCCAGGAUGACCACGGACUUCGACCUGAGUCUGGACAACAGCCCUCUACUGCAAUCCAUUCACCAGCUCGACUUCGUGCAGAUGAAAGGUGCGUGCCUGCAUCCCCCCCAAAUAGAGCAACAUCCCGAGUGGAUACUGAUGCUUGAAGCAGGAUCGAGGCUUUGUGCCAGAUUGCAGCAAACAAAAGGCAGCUAGCAGGUUUAUAAAUCACCUAAGAGGCGGGGAAGUAAACGCACAUACACGUCUGGUUAAUGGUACAAAAGUCUGGAGUGGCUCCUAGCUUAUCACAUAGAAACGUACCAUUGUAGCCAUGUGACCUACCUCUCAGAAAGCCAGAUAAAUCCAGAUAAACUCAAGGCUUGCCUCCUUAAGAGUCUUAGAGAUGUCACAAGCCAACAUCAGGGAAUAGCUGACAUAAAAAAAGAUAAGGAGAUCACUGUACAUAAAUAAAAUCUUGUUACAGAAAGUAACCCAGAAAUAUUGAUAUAAAUCAAGGCAGUUCAGAACUGAAAUGACUACUUCCACAUGGAUAGGUGGCGAGCAAAUGGUUGAGCAUAAAUCAGUGGGAAUUUGAGAGGAUUAGAGUUGACUUGCCAAUACUGGUUAGGAAAAUGCAAGCCUGGUUACAGAAGGAAAAUGAAGAUUUGAAAUAAAUUUUAACUUUUUUAAAAGUUAAAUGUGAUUUAUGUGAUUAAGGGAUAUGCGAGAUCUCUUUGAGACUUUUUGGGUGGCUGGGGGAAGUGCAAGAACCUAAAAUUAUCUUAAGGAAAAUAACUCUUUCAAAGAAAAAUAAAAAACCAAACAUGCAACAAUCUUUUCACAGCAGUGUAAGUAAUAUCCAUUGGAAAAAUAUUCUUUUUUUAACUUUCAUUUUGAAAUAUUUGUACAU